CGCGCCUGGACUCUGAAAACUAAAGAUGGCUCGAAUGUCGCCAGAACAGAGGACGGCAUGGACUUCUUCGAGCUCAGGUUUCACAUGAAGAGCAUGUCAGUAGGUGAAAACGUGGCCGCUUACAUCAGGAGCGAUGACAAUGUGUUUGUAAUCCGCAAAGCAGGACAACAGAAGAAUGUGAAAGGUAAAGAGAGGAUCCGGGCCGUGAGUUGUGGGGAUGAUGCUGUCAUUCUGCUGUCUGAAGAAGGCAAGCUGCUCAGUGUGGAUGCAGCUUACACUCUGAGGCCGCUGGAGGCUCCGUGUGACAUACUAGUCUCCCAGGUGGCGUGUGGGAGCCAGCACUCAGUGGCCCUAACCAGAGAUGGCCAGGUCUACACAUGGGGCCAGGACUCCAGUGGCCAGCUCGGCCUGGGGAAGAGGAAGCCCGUGGUCGGGUCGCCUCAGCUCGUCAGGAGUCUGUGGGCCAACCCCCUGGUGCAGGUCAGCGCCGGGGGAGAACAGAGCUUCGCCCUCGCCGUCUCCGGCAGCGUGUUCAGCUGGGGCAAAAACCACCGUGGACAGCUGGGGCUGGGAGACACCACAGACAGACACACACCAACUGCUGUUCAGUGUCUGAACAUGAAGAAAACUGUUCACGUUUCCUGUGGGAGGGAGCACACUGCCACGCUGACCAAGGGCGGCACAGUGUUCACGUUCGGCUCCGGUCAGUUUGGGCAACUCGGCCACAACUCGUUCAGAGAUGAACUGCGUCCUCGAGUCGUGUCAGAGCUCUGGGGGGCAAAGGUCACCGAGAUCUCUUGUGGACGACAUCACACAUUAGUGCUAACGGGCUCCAGGAGGGUCUACUCGUUUGGCUGUGGAGAGCAAGGGCAGCUGGGACGCAGAGAGGAGAGCCGGCAGUCUGUGCCUCUGCACGUUCAGCUACCGCACGCUCCAGACGUUACCGAUGGUCACCAAAUCGGAAACAUCUACGCAGGAGGAAACUGCUCUUUUGCACUGUGCGCUGUUAACAAGGGAGUUCAUCAAGGGUUAAACCCCUGCCGUGCCCAAUACGUAGCACAGCAAUGUCUGGAUGAUGUCAUUGAAAAAUGGAUCUCCAAAUGCAACGCAAAGACCUGGAAAAAGACUCAGAAGACACAGGCCUGGAAAAACACACAGAUGGAAAUCAAACGAAUGUUCUCCUCAGCGUCCUGUGUGAAUAAAAGCUUCCUCGACCGAAGUGGUGAUAAGCAUUUCCAGACCUCACCAAAAUACUCGGGGCUGAACUUGUCAAUCGCACAACUUGCUUUCAAGAAACUGGCGACAAGGCAGAACCUGUUGACUGAGGUUGAGGCUGUGCUCAUGCAGCAGCUGCUCCCCUCCCUCGGUGGGAGGCAGGUGGGAGUGGAGGGACUGAGGAUCUACCUGCUUCUCAGCGAGCUGCUCCAUGUGAUCCAGAAACACAAACCGCAGCAGAGCACACAGCUCGCAAAAGCAGUGGCUGCCGCCAUCCAGAGACUGCCUGCUGAGAGCCUCCAGGUCCUAGCGGACUGGUGGUCCUCACUGGAGCGCUCGACCAUGAUUAAAUAUGUCAAAGUGUGGAAGCAAGCCCUGUCGGAAACCCUAAGCAGUGAUGUGACGGCUCCUCGCAGCGCUGCAGUCAAAGACCUGCUGCAAGUCCUUCAGUGCCUCUACAAUGCCAAUAAGAAGAUUGCAGAGCCUCAGAGAAUUGCAGAAAGCAUGUUUUGCUUGGAGAUUGAAUUCAACAUACUUUUUCUUCUGCGAGAUCUUAUGCUGUGGCGUGAACAGGUUGUGGGUGAUGAGCUGCCUAUCCUCUGCUGCUUCCCAUUUGUGAUGAAUCUGCAAAGCAAGAAAAUAAUUUUUGACAUCAAUUCCAUAUUGACACAGGCACAACACCAAGUGGUUCCAAAGCUCUGGAGGUUUUUCUUCUGGCUUUUUGGAACUGAACCUCCCACCUCGUUCAGUUUCUUUGAGCUGAGGCUGAAGCGAGCAUCACUCCUGGAAGGCACCUUACAACAGCUGGCUGAUGCUGAUCACACUGCCUUAAAGAAGCCCCUUGUGGUCUAUUUUGAUGGGGAUCCACAGUUAACAAAUGUCUACAUGAAAGACUUUUUCCACAAAUUGUUUGAAGAGAUGGCAUCAGCUAAAUCGGGGAUGUUUAUGUACAAUGACUCCAAAACACUGGCAUGGUUCCCCUGCAGAACAACUCCAGGCGACAAGACGUACUUCCUGUUUGGCGUUCUGUGUGGACUGGCCUUAUACAACCAGAGUAUCAUACACUUACCCUUCCCAAUGGCUCUGUUCAAAAAGCUGGUCGGUGUGGAGCCUUCGCUGGACGACAUGGUGGAGUUCAGCCCAGUUGUUGGAAGGACCCUGCUCUACAUCUUGGAGGACUAUGUGGAUGAUGAUAUAGAAAACUUGUACAUGGAUUUUUCUAUUGUCUGGGAUGAGAAACCAGUGGAACUUGAUCCCCAGGAUCCUGGCAAACCUGUGACAAGUCACAAUAAGAGGGAAUUUGUGGAAGCCUAUGUGAACUACGCCUUCAGUGCGUCGGUGGAGGAGGUGUUUGAGGAGUUCAGCCGGGGUUUCUUUGAGGUGUGCGAGCGGGACGUGGUGAAGCUGUUCCGACCAGAGGAGCUGAAGGGAGUGAUGGUGGGCAAAGAGAGCUAUGACUGGGUAAAGCUCAAACAGAACACAGUGUAUCAGGACGUCUACCAUAAGGGGCACCCCACCAUACUGAUGUUUUGGGAGGUUUUUGAGGAGCUGACUGAAGAGCAGAAGAAAGCCCUCCUGUUGUUCGUGACCGGCUUCAACAGGGAGCCUAUUCUGGGCAUGGACCAGGUCCGAAUGAUUAUUCGAGUCCUGAACAAUUCCACCGAGCAGCACUUCCCUGAGGCACAUACAUGCUUUUCUAUCCUGGAGCUGCCCUUUUACUCAACCAAGGAGGUGCUGAAAGCCAGGCUGACAGAGGCUCUGAGCCACAACAGAGGUUUCUUUGACUGAUGGAGAAUGAUUAGAUGUACGCAGACAAGAUAUGUGAAACAAUUUAUACAAAGGCAAGAGAAUGUAAAACAAAGUCCACAUAACAUUUUAGUAGGGGACUUUGUGACUGGCUGAUCAAACAGCAGUAAAAUGCAGCUGUUCUGCUCAGCAGUGCUGCUGUGAGCAAUAAUAAGCAAGCUGAAGUGUUGCUUUAAAAUAUCACAUGUUGCCUUAACAGGAAACUCUUACCUGAAAGCCAUGAUCUUAAAAAAAAAAAAAAAAAAAAAAUGUUGUAUGAAGGUAUAAAUUUAGUGACUGAUAUAUUUUUGUGAUAGUGGGUUUGACUUUGUUAAACAGGACAACUUAUUCAGGAACAUGAUCUGUGAAAUUCUCCUUAAUAUGAUAAUAGUUCUGUGGGUUAAGAUGUUUAAAAAAUGUUGUAUAUGGUCAAAAUGGUAAGUAAUGUAAUAUUUUUCAUAACUGUAAUAUAAGGAAGUAUUUGU